CCUUUUUGGGUAGCAGCAAUAGAAGUUUUGGAGCAUUGGAAAUUAAACUAUUGUAUCCCAUUUUCUGUGCCUCUUUCUCUCUCUCUCUCUCUCUCUCUCUCUUUUUCUCGUACAUUCCAUCACACUCUUCACACACACGCACACACAAAUCCACGUGGACUUCAACAUUCCUGGCCAUCCCCUCCUCUCCACCACCACUGGAACGCGUCAGAGGACGGUGGGUCACACUACUCCUCAGACGACUGCCAGGUAACGCCCGUCAUCCACGUGCUGCAGUAUCCGGGCUGCGUGCCGAAACCGAUCCCCUCGUUCGCGUGCAUUGGCCGCUGCGCCAGCUACAUCCAGGUGUCCGGCAGCAAGAUCUGGCAGAUGGAGCGGUCCUGCAUGUGCUGCCAGGAGUCGGGCGAACGGGAAGCGUCCGUGUCGCUCUUCUGUCCCAAGGCGAAGAAUGGCGAGAAAAAGUUCCGCAAAGUAGGUGUCGUACCGACCUGUGCCUGUGCUUGUGAUCGUGCUGAUGAUGAUGAUGAUGUUGUGUCUCCUUGUGUAUGCGUGUGUGUGUGCCGUUCGUCACUCGCUACUCUCGCUAGCUCUCUGUUAAGCAUGCCAGCAGCCAACGGGCGCUUAUUCGCAUUCCGUACGAUAAGGUACCGGACCACAAGGGAAGUCCUGUACCGUUUCCCAACAGCCAAAUGGGAGCCAGCCAAGGGAUACAAAAAAACCAAAAACUUUCGCAAAACUACACUUCCCACCAACACCUUUUCUUCCCUUUUCCCCUUUCCCCUUCCCUUACGGCACCGCCCCAAUCUACCAGGAUCCGGAAGUCAAAGCUGCGCUAACAUAAUUCCCACCUCUCUCACGCUCACACUGCUUUGUUGCAUCACAAUUUCCCAUUUAACGAACUAUAUACACGAAACACGCUGCCGGAAAAAAGGGGGGAUGGAAAAGUUUCUGCCAGCAUCCCAUCCAAUGCAAAAAAGCUGGGCCCCAGUGCAAGCAAAAACUGACCUGGAUAACUCGACGCCUUGGCAGCAUAUUUUGUGCGCGCUUUAUUGCUUCCCGGGGCGAAAGUUUUAUGUUGCAUCGGGGGUUCGUUUUUUUCUCUUUUUGUUGCUGCCUUUUUACUUUCCAUAGCUUGAUAAAUUUGUGUGCUUCUUUGCUACUCCCCACCCAUUCUCAAGUCCUGUCUUAAACCGAUUGUUGUGCUGUUGCCUUGCUGGAGAACGUCCUUAAGCCAAAGCGAGGCUCUUUCCGUUUAGCUUUGCUUUCUCUACCCGUACGCAUCUCUCCACCUGCUUUCGUGCACUAAUUAUGCUUCAUCUUGUGCUGGGUGUGUGUGUGUGUGCUAACGUGCGCUACUAACUGGAACGCGAAAGAAGUGGUUGAGCUGCCCAGCUUUCCCCCCAAACGUUGUUCUUCUUGCGUUCAAAAAUUGCAUAAACAUUCCGCACUAGCGAUAAAUGCAAGCGGAAGUGUGCGCUUCUCGUUAGGAUGAAGGCUUGUUUUGGCAAAUUAUAUUACCCGUUUUGCAGCACAGUUCAGGAAAUGGAGAUACACUGGAGCUUUGGAGCGCCGUCUUUUUUUAAUUAUCUUUACUAAAGCUAUUAAUUUUAGCCGGAGCACUCGCGUCUUGUUGUACCAGGAAGUAUAAAUCAUCACCGUUUUGUGGUGGCGGUGUGUGCUUUACAGCGCGCCGUUUACGUCUAGUGCGAGAUCAUAAUCUGGUGCACUUACAUUCACAUUAAACGAGCAAUAAACUUCGAACCGCCAAUCCGAACGAUUGAUGGACAGCGAGCGAGCGAGCGCAGCUUCUGGGGGCCACCGCUGGUGGGGUAAUCACAGGCAGCAGGCACACGCACGGGCUGCAUUCUAAGCACAGUAGCACAUACCGAUAUAUGGUGUACAGAUGGCUAUAUCGGUGACCUACAACUCACCCCAACUACGGUGUCCCUACGGUGAGACAGAGUACAGCCCUCUUGAGCCGAUAAAAUAUUACACAUUCAUGAACGACACACGACAGUGUGUUGGCAGUGUAGAUGCAAAGAGUAAAACAAACACAGCAUGUCUGCAGAUUCGUACGUGGACAACGUACGCCCGAGCAGCAGUGGCGGGAAAGGAAUGAACAAGCAUGUGCCGAUGACGAUUGUUGUUGUGCACAUCAAACAAACGACGACAAAACUUUGAAGAAAUCCCCUUCGUUAAUCACACACAGCGCAGGC